CCAUUGGCAACGAGUGCAGGAAGACGCGCAGCUUCAAGAGCGUAAUAGUUUUUAACGCUGGUAGAAGAACAACAACGUGGUCUUUAGAGGUGGUAAUAAAAAAGAUGGAUGCAACAGUCAAACCUUUAAGGAUUCCCCCUGAAAUGUCUAUUUAUGCAGAGAAGCAUGAAAUAUUCGACCUUAUCCAGACCCUGGUGAGAAACCUGCUGAUAGACAAGCCAGAAGAUCCCAUUCAGUACCUGAUAGGACUGCUGAAGAGGGAAAGUAUAGAAGUGCCAAGAAUUUUGAUACUGGGCCCACCAUCCUCUGGGAAAACAACAAUCGCUAAAAAGUUGUGUGAGCACAUUGGUGCUAUUCAUGUAACCUCUAGCAGCAUCCUUAAGGAUCACACUGAGCUGACCAGAGCCACGAAGCAGUACACAGAGGAGAGUCAGGAGAUCCCACAGCACCUCUGGAUCAAGCUGAUUGAGGAACGGCUGUCAAAAGCUGACUGCGUGAGACGGGGUUGGAUGCUAGAGGCCAUUCCGAAAAACAGAGAAGAGGCUCUGGGUCUGCAGGCAUCUGGCAUUGCCCCCGAGCAUGUUGUGAUGCUGCAAGCAGGUGAUGACGUCCUGAUUGAAAGGAGUCUGGGCAAGAGGAUAGACCCUGUCACAGGAGAUGUGUACCACCUUACCUUCAUGUGGCCUGAGAGUGCCGAGGUGGCUCAGCGUCUCGAGACGCCAGAUUGCCUGAUGGCAGAGGAGGAAAUAGCCCAUCAGCUGCAGGCGUACCACCGGGAGGUCCAGGGUCUACAGGACACUUAUCGUAACUGCCUGAAGAUCAUCGAUGCUGACCAGCCCCAUGAAGAUGUGUUUGCUCAAGUGUUGAGCUACGUUCUGUCCAGGCAUCGCUCUGACGCGCCACACACUCCCAGAAUCCUCUUGUUCGGACCACCGGGAUGUGGGAAGAGUCUCCAGGCCAGCUUGCUUGCCCAGAAAUACAGCCUAGUCAAUAUUUGUUGUGGUGAACUUUUGAAAGCAGUGGCGGCGGAUGAGAGCAGUAUGGGAGAGCUCAUUAAACCCUUUCUGGAGUCAGGACGGCGAGUGCCUGACAACAUGGUGCUGCAGAUCCUGACCGAGAGACUGAGCCGGCUGGACUGUACCACACGCGGUUGGGUCCUUCAUGGCUUCCCUAGAGAUCUAGAACAAGCUGAGAGACUGCAGGAGUCUAACUUCCUCCCUAGCAGGGUCUUUUUUUUGGAGACGAGUGAUGAUGUUGCUCUGGAGCGACUGACACUAAAGUCCACCGAUCCUGUGACAGGAGAGAGGUAUCACUCAUUGCACAAUCCUGCCCCGAGUGCAGAAGUACAGGCUCGGCUACAGUGUAACCCACGGGACACGGAGUUUGAGGUCUGCAAGAGGCUGAAGGAGUACCGGAGCCAUGUGGCCGCCCUGCAGGCCUUCUACCCCCAGGCUGUGCAGGUCAGCGCUGAUCAGCAACCCCACACUGUGUUCGAGUGCCUGGAGAGCGGAAUGGUGGGCCGUCCUUCCAAAGUCCUGCCUGAAUUAAACAUCCAAGCCCUCUCUGGCUCCUCUGGUCCAUAAUCACUCCCUGCUUGUUGACCCCAGCUGAUCACAGGGGAGUACAGCAGACCAGCUAAUUAUACACAUGUUUAAUUAAUGUCGCAAUAAAACGCAGCCUGUCCGGGCUCUUUGUCAGGGGUAGUAUUAGUCCCGCUUCAGUAGUCUCAUGCUAAGGAGCAAGAGCUGCUCUGAUUAUAAAGCCCUCUCUCUCUCUCUCUCUCUCUCUCACUCUCUCUUCAAAUGCAGAGGUCAGUCGACCUGGCUCCCAGUGGAGAGGAAAGGAGUUAAGUGCACUGGUUAGCGAGACGUGUUAACAGCCAAGCAUUCAAACUCCCCUCAGAUACCGUGCCAUGACAGGCAGACAUUGACUUAAUUAGAGCGAAUGAGCUCCAGAAUAUGCAUCAGCUCUGAAUACAUAAACAGGGAGUAAGCAGAAGAAAUGGCAUGUUUUUUAAAUGAUCUCAGCCUGCUCUGUGGCUGGAAGAGUAUGUUUACUCCCCAAACAAAGAUUUUAGAGGAUAUCUGAAGGAAUACAGCAUUACAGAUGAUGAAAUAAACUUUACUAAAUGAGAAAUGCUUUUUUAGUACUCAAGUAUUUUCUGCACAGAUGCUACAAAUAUUUAGAUAAGCCACUUUUUUUUUCCAAGUGCAAACACAUUUUAUUCCUCUAACUGCAUCAUCUGCGUUGAUCUUAUCUGA